AUGUUGAAGAUACUUGUAAUUCUAGCUGCAAUCACAGGACCUGUGAGCUGCGUGAUUGUGAGUGUGCCAGAAACCUCUGUGAACACAACCGUUGGUGGAAAUGUCACUCUUCAAUGCACAUACAGAACGCAGAUGUCUGCAUCUGGUUUGUUCAUUCAGUGGAGCUUCUACAGUCACAAACUGAAGAAACGUCCAGUACCCAUUUCUACUCAAAUGCAGCUUUCCCCGUGCCACUUUAUUGAUGAAAAGACCAUCGGUCAUUGUCAAAUGAUGGUGUACCUAACAGAUGCACGGGGAAGGUGUAGCUGGCUUUAUAAGAUUUAUUAUCGGCAGGGAUCCAACUCAUAUUCUUAUGGACAGUUUGAGGGUCGCAUUCGAGGCAGCACCGGAAUAGGAAAUGCAUCAAUAACCAUCUACAACAUGCAGGCAUCGGAUUCUGGUAUUUAUACCUGUGAAGUUUUCAACCCUGAAAACCAAAAUGCCCAGAGUGAAAAAACAAUGUCUGUCAGCGUACUAGUUGCCCCCUCCAAGCCUCACUGCGGCUUUGUUCAAAAUAAUGAGGCUGAAAUUGGCCACGCCAUCACCCUUUUCUGCUUUUCUGAAAUGGGGAUGCCUGAUCCUAUAUACCUCUGGCACAGAGUAUCAGGAGAUUCAGUCGUACACGUGACAGGGAACUACAUUCCUCAAAGUGGUCACUUGGUAAUAGGAAACCUGACGAAGUUUGAAGAAGGCUACUACCGUUGCACAGCUAUUAACUCUCUUGGAAACAGCACCUGCCAAAUCGACCUCACUACAAAACAUUCAGAAGGUGGCAUUAUUGUUGGCGCAUUAAUUGCAGCAAUUCUGGCAGCUGCUCUGAUUGGUGUAAUUGUUUGGGUUGUAGCCUCAAAGGAGAAGGAAAAGAAGAAAAAAGAGAAAGCUGCAAUCAGUGAAAUGCAGACUGUGACUCAAAAAGAGCCACUGAAUGUUGCCUACACUGCUGUGCCCAGCCAAGAAAGUGCCCCAGUGGCAGCUGUUCCACCAAGCAAAGAAUCCAAUGAGACCAGUGAAUACAGCACCCCAGAGGAGGUUGAGGUUGCUGCCAUGCCUGAGAAUGCGACACAAGAAAUGGGGCACCAACCAAUUGCCUAAAUUUUCCCCACAACAUUAAGGGAACCCAACAGCAACUUGUCUAGUAAUGAAUUUAUAAAAAGCACAGCCAUAUUAACCAGUGCCCCCAGUGCAGCAAG